GCCUGUAAGUGGCUUACAGGGAAGUGACUUCUCACCCCCAUCGCCCUGUAGUUUUUUGGUAGAUUUGCCUGUAAGUUACUUACAGGUGAAUUUUCUCCCCUGAACACCACCUGUAAGUGACUUCCCUGUAAGUCACUUCCCACUUACCCAACUUACAGGCAUCCAAACAGGCCCUUAGGGGUUUGUAACACGCCGUAGCCGCUGGAGAAAAACUCGUCGACUCCACUGAAGCGAAGAAGAAGAAAAAUAGAGAGAUGGAGGCAGCGAAAUAUGAGAUAGACCUAGCCCAUCUGAUGGCUUUCGACCCAAAUCACCAUUUACCUUCAAUACCCUCAAACAGGGAUGAGCUGGUGAAAGAAUGCUUACAAAAGGGAACUGAGCUUGUUCAAGCAAUUGCCGAUGCUCUAUUCAACUUGCCAUCAACCGAAGACCCAGAUGGUCCCCUUGUUCAGUUGCCUAAACCAACAACGAGGUUGCCUAGAGAGAAGCAUCUUCCAAAGCCUAAGCCCCCCACAAAGUGGGAAUUGUUUGCCCAAAAGAAAGGAAUAAAGAAGCGCAAGAAAGAUAAGAUUGUAUAUGAUGAACAAACUGGAACUUGGAAGCGCCGUCAUGGCUAUGAUCGUGUAAAUGAUGAUAAGGAUGUACCAAUCAUCGAGGCCAAAAUGACAGACGAGCCAGGAGAAGAUCCUUUCAGCAAGAGACAGAAAGAAAAGAAGAAUCGAGUCGAAAAGCAGGAAAAGAACCGUUUGCAGAAUCUGAAACAAGCUGCUAAAGUUAAUGCCUUGCCAAGCCAUGUGCAACUUGCGGCGACAGCAUUGCCCAUAACAGGAACUCAAGCAGCACCAAAGAAAGCUAGUAAAGACGAGCUAGCCAGUGUUGCUGGGAUGGCAGCGACUUCAACUGCAAGUGGUGGGAAAUUCGACAAGAAGCUACCAGGAGAGAAGCCUGCAAAGCAUUCUGGAAAGUACCGUAAGUUCCUCCCCGUUGUGGAAGGAAAGGGAAUGGGAGCGCAAGAGAAGCAGCAAACUGACAAGAUCCUGAACAAGCUAAUGUCCAGACACUCCAAUGAGAUACUUGACGUUGACAAGGCUGUUGCAGUGUUCAAUGUCAAGGGUGAGAAGAAACGAAGAAAGGCUCGUGAGUCAUCUUCUACAACCUCAAGCAAGCUGAAACCCAAAAACAAAUCUUUUAAGAAGAAAUCUUCAAAGAAGGAGCGUUAGGAAAUGAGGCAACGGAGCUGUAUCCAUCGAUUACAUGUAAGGUUAGAUGAGCCUUUUGUGUUAUUUAGGGGGGGAAAAAUACAAACACUUAGGACAGAUCAAUGGGCUGUUUUCUUAUUCUUUUCAUCCUAUGUUUGUCUUGGGUUGGAAGGCAGGUUUUUUGAGGUUGAGCAAUGAGUUUCUGUUUUCCUUUUGUCAGUAGAAUGAUACAUGAGAAUAUGGUAAUAUCUAUAUUUAAUGAAGCCAGCUCAAAUAACUGGGACACAUCUCCAAUGAUGAUUAUACCUA